AUGAAGGUUGCCGUUCUUUCAAAGCGGAAGUAUAUUGAGACAGAUUUCAAGAACCCCGGCUACUCAAAAGACUUCAACUCGAAAUUUAAAGUGCAACAAACCGCCAUGAAACUCUACCUUGGAUAUGUUGUCGCUGCCGUAGCAAUGGGCAUUGGUGCCAUGGCAGACAGCUUCCCAUUUGAGAGGUUAAACAAGACCGACGCUGUUCUUCUCGUUCUCGAUAUGCAGGAAGGACUUGCCUCACUGGUCCGUGAUUUUGAUGCCACGCUCUACCGCCAGUCCAUCCUCGCACACUCGGCCCUCGCCAAGGUGUUUGACCUACCCGUUAUCCUGAGCACGUCUUCCGAGACCGGCCCCAACGGCCUGCUGCCGGCCGAGAUCACUGACAUGUACCCGGACGCACCUUUUGUCCGGCGACAGGGCGAGGUCAACGCCUGGGACAAUGCCGACUUCCGCGCUGCCGUGCAGGCUACCAACAAGUCUCAAGUGAUCAUGGCCGGCAUCGUCACGGACGUCUGCACAACCUUUCUGGCGCUGUCCCUGCGCGACGCCGGCUAUUCGGUCUGGGCCAACAUCGAGGCCUCCGGCACCACGACGCCGCUGAUUCGUGACGUGUCCAACUCGCGCAUGGCCCGUGCCGGUGUGCAGAUCGUAUCCUUGUUCUCGAUAGCCUGCGACCUGAUGCGCGACUGGCGCGCCACACCGGGUGCACCCGAGCUGUUCCCCUUCUUCGACAAGUAUUACCCGGCGUACGGCUUCAUCGCGCGGGCUCACCGAAAUGCCAUUCUCAACGGAACAAUUCUGUCUGGAGAGUCGGUGUUGCCAAGCUAG